GAAUUGUGCCAAAGGCCGUGCUUAUGGAGGGAGACAUGAAAGGAUGAGGUGGUUACCAACUCCCUUGGGUUUUGUCCCCGUUGCAUAAGCCGUGAGAGAAGUUGUUGUGCAGCUUGCAGUGUGUCUUUUUUCAUUUUGAGUCUAGGGGUAUGGAAUAUGCAUCGACUAGAGAACGUUGGGUUCCUACUGUCAUAUUUUUCAACUUCUUUUCCUCUCUCGUCUUCAUAGAACGGUAUAAAUAUGAAAGGACUGGGUUCUUUGAAGACAAAUGUUGAAAAAGAAGGAGUUGCAAUUUGUCCCUGUGCAUCAUUUGGUUCUAUGGAAGAGAGCGAAUGGAGAGCACGGCAGGACUUCGAAUGUUUCUCGAGAGUACUCUUUCUCCGUGUCGAAACCCACAGAUCCUUCACUCCACACGGCAUUCCCUUCCUUCUUCUUUCACAGGCUGUCAUUCACAUUUAUGGAAACGGCAAUAAGGAUCGAAGGAGCGUCUAGGUCUUCAAAAUUUCAAGAUGGGCUUGCGCUUUACUCCCGCCUCGAGCCUUGUCUCUACCCCUCUUUGAACCCCGCCCUCGUCUUGGGGCACGACAUUUCGCACCACUGUCCUUCCCUCAUGUAUGGAGAGCUGAGCGGAGAGACUCUGGUAAAAGCCUUAGGCCUGAUUGAUGAGUUAGAAGCCCUACCGAGAGAGGGGGAAGGCUCGCUUAUUGACAUUGGUUCGGGAAUUGGGAAGCAGAUAUUCACGGCAGCAUGUGUAUACGUCUGGAAGCGGUGCAUUGGGGUGGAAAUCUAUGAGAAACGCGCAAAACUUGCAGAACAGGCAUUGCAAAGAUGGAAAAGUAAACAGAGUAGUAUACCCAUGCUGCGUACCCGAGUGGUCGACUUCGCUUGCGAUGACAUUGUCGAAAUCGAGAUGGAGGGAUUCCAAGUCAUCCUCCUCGUGUCGGCAGCAUUUACCGAUACGCUGAUGCGGAGCAUAGCGAAGGUUCUGGAUUCACAAGCGGUCGGGACUUUGGCCAUAUGUAUCACAAAAGCUCUCCCUGGGCCAAAGUGGGAAGUGGUGCACAAAUCUGAGCGCGAAGAGCCCUGGGGACGGGCAUGGUUAAUUAUUCAAAAGAAAAUACUUGCGUGAUAAAUAA